UUUCCAAUAACCCCUCUAUAAUAUUUAUCCCACCAACCCACUUCACGCACUCGCAUUUUAAAACACAAUUUUAUAUUAUAUUAUACAAAGAUCUCGUGUUAGCUAGCCUGCUCGAUCUAUAAGACUGCAACUACAAGUAAAUGCAUACACACACUUGUCUAGUAGCUUUCCUGGCAUCGUGAAAUCAACAUUUACAAGGCCAAGGUCGAGUAUAAUUUCUUGGCUACCCAAAACAUCAUGGAGUUUUGUCAACCAAACAAACACACCGCAACCACAACAACAAUCACAACAGCUUCAAGCGACCCGCUUAACUGGAACGCAGCAGCGGUUUUGAAAGGGAGUCACCUGGAGGAGGUGAAGAAGAUGGUGAAUGACUUUAGAAAAGGAAGGGUACUGCUCGGUGGAGAGACGCUGACUAUCGGUCAGGUUAUGCCGGGGGUGGCGACUGGAGGAACAACGGUGGAGCUUUCAGAGGAGGCUAGGGCCGGUGUGAAUUGGGUGAUGGAGAGCAUGAACCGUGGUACGGACUCUUAUGGGAUCACCACUGGAUUUGGUUUCUCUUCUGCUAGGAGGACUACUAAUCAAGGUGCUGCUCGUCAAAAAGAGCUUAUUCGGUACUUGAACGCCGGAAUAUUCGCUACCGACGCCGGAGAUGCCGACACGUCAAACACACUUCCCCUCCCGGCUACAAGAGCGGCGAUGCUCAUCCGUGUCAACACUCUCCUCCAAGGCUACUCCGGGAUACGCUUCGAAAUCCUCGAAGCCAUCACAAAAUUCCUCAACCACGACAUCACACCUCGACGCCUUCCUCUCCGCGGCACCAUCACCGCCUCAGGUGACCUCGAAUAUGUCUUCUCUUAUGUUGAUGACCCAAGUAGCCUCGCUAAACCUUUAAUGCAAAAGCUUAGAAACUUCCUUGUUGAAUACGGUUUAGCUGAACCGGGACAUGAGGUUAACUCUGUUUUUGAGAAAAUAGGAAAGUUCGAGGCUGAGAUGAAAUCUCUCCUCCCUGAAGUAGUGGAACGAGUCCGGAUAGAGUACGAGAAGGGUACGUCAGAUGUGGCUAAUAGAAUCAAGGAGUGUCGGUUCUAUCCGUUGUACAGGUUUGUGCGAGACGAGCUCAAGACAGGAUUGCCAACCGGAGAGAAUGUCCGGUCACCAGGAGAAGAUUUCUACAAAGUUUUCACGGCGAUCUCUCAAGGCAAACUUAUAGGUCCUUUGUUUGAAUGUCUCAAAGAAUGGAACGGAGCUCCGCUUCCAAUCAGCUAAACCGUUCCGUCAAGUCUUUAAUACAUCAAGAAUAAUGUAAUGCUUCUUGGCAUCUUCUACUUCUUUCUGUAUUAUUAUUACUGUCAUCUUGAAUAUUUUUAUUUUUGUAUUUAUAUUGUUUUAUAAAAAAAAAAAUUUAUCCUCCCGUAA